AUGGCUUCCAGCUCAACUUGCUCCCUAAAGGCCAUCCUUCUGGCCGGCCUCUUGGGCCUGACCAUGGCUGCCCCUCUUGGCAAGCCUUACACAACCCCCACCGUUGAGGUUGCCUGCUCCGAGUGCGAAGGCGAGACCGUGGCUCGCGCGGUAGAAAUCAACGCACGCAUUGUCGAUGAGGACUGCUCCGAGUGCGAGGGAGAAGUGACGACACGCAAUGUCGAAGAGGAUUGCUCAGAAUGUGAAGGAGAAGUGACAGCACGCAACGUGGAAGAAGACUGCUCCGAGUGCGAGGGAAAGACAGAAGCCCGCAACGUGCAAGAGGACUGUUCCGAAUGCGAGGGAGAAACAGUGGCACGCAACGUGGAAGAGGACUGCUCCGAAUGCGAAGGAGUAGUAACGACACGCAACGUCGAGGAAGACUGCUCCGAAUGUGAAGGAGAAGUAACGGCACGCAACGCCCAAGAAGACUGCUCCGAAUGCGAGGGAGUGGUCACCACCCGCAAUGUCGAGGAGGACUGCUCCGAGUGCGAAGGCAAGACAGAGGCUCGUGCCGAGGUAGAAUGCUCCGAGUGCGAAGGCGAGGUCGAGGCACGGGCCGAGGAAGACUGUUCCGAGUGUGAGGGCGAGGUCACGACACGCAACGUCGACGAGGACUGCUCCGAGUGUGAAGGCGAGACGGAGGCCCGAUCUGUCGAGGAGGACUGCUCCGAGUGCGAGGGAUAA